UUCAGCUCGAGCAGCCGCCGCCGCAGCUUCGACCGGGCGGAAGUUCGUGAGAGCGGCAGUCGCCAGCGGAAACGGAAGUGCAGAAAGCCCCGAGCGGCUGGCCGUGCAAACUGUUGCUCGUCGGUGUGUGUUGUGCUGUUUGCGGUGGUGUUUGUGCUAGUGAAUGUGAUGGUGAUGGUGUACCAGUAUCGGUGUGCUGAUGUUUGUCGUGGUGGCAUUGUUGCUGUUGGACAAUUAGCCAAGUUGCUAUAACAGACCGAAUUAUCCGACAAAUUUGAUGAAAAUGGUAAACAUUAAACUGUAAUGCGGCACGCGGAGUAAAAUAGUCGUGAAAUGGCCCAGCAACAGCGCAGCUGGGACGAGGGAGCUGUCGGUGGAGGAUCCUAUGGUCAUCCCCACUCCUCGCACCACAAAGUACCUGCUCGAGCUGCCAGCAAUCCGCUGCCCUGUAAAGGGGCCACUCCCAAGCUGCCCAGGCAAUACCAUGGAGGUCCGACGUCGAGCUAUAACUAUGGGGGAUACGAUACCCCGAGGAGUCCCAAGAUCACCACCACAUUUGCCCAAGACAGUUGUGAUGAUGUAAGUAGCUCCACGCCCAGCUCCUAUUAUCAGACGCCCCCAUCGGGAUCGAUAGAUGAUUCGGCAUCUCUGCUCAGUGGACGCACAACUGCCCGCAGUCCCAAGUCGCAGUGCCAGUUCGUCUUUGAUGCAGUGAGUCCCAGUCACGGCAGGAAGUUCGAGUACUAUGAACCCAUCUCACCGGACGAUGGAGCUCUCUACUAUGAUCCUCCCAGUUCGCCGCGACGACAGGGUUCCAAGAAGCUAAUGAGGACAAAGAUCCCAUUGGAUCCAGUUCCCCAGUUGACCACAACAGGCGUGGAUGAGAGCAUGGCGGUGGCUAUGGCCAUGGGCGGAGCAGGAGGUGGAGGUUACGCCCAAGGAGGACCAAGCAAGCGGCAGAGAGAUGAGUGGGAACUACCGGUGAUCAGCAAGAUCGAGGCGAGAAACCUAAGUGCGGCUGCAGGAGCAGGAUCGGCUGGAGGAAGUUAUUAUGGCUUGAAGCGCGACUCGUGCGUCACUGACUGCACGCAGCUGUCUAUGGAAUCCGGCGAGACGGGUACCCAGCAUACCAAUAGCACCAUGGUGACCCACACCACCACCAGCUUUAGCUUUACGGAGCCGGAAAUGGAGCAGGAGGCUGGCCAGCCGCAAUUGCGCCGUCAACGUCGCCAUGCCAUCAACAUCACCUCCAAUCCCGGCUACCAGGUUCUCCACAGCUCUCACUCUACGCUGGAUCGUACCUGUUCCGAUAGCGUGGUCUCACUUCGCUACCGCAAAUCCACCAGUGACCUGACCCAAGAUGCUGACCACGAGCUAAGUGGCUGCAAGCCCAACAAGCCGAAGACCCAUGUGGAGCAUAAACCGCGUCGCCGGGGCAGCUCCAAAGGUGGACUGGCCUACUUGGCCAGCCGGCGAAGUUCCCGUGAGUCGAUGAAGAGCGCCUGCUCCAAUGCCUCCAUCGUUUCAAACGACGAUGUUGGACCACUGGCCUUCCAGAGUUCAAAUCGCGGUCGCCAGCGUAGAACAUCGAACUUUCUUGAGUUACCUGUUCCCGACCAUGUGCGUCCGCGAGUCUGUUCCCUUCCAGAGCGACCGUACAAUCCGCGGGCCAGUGAUGACCUGUACCGCCUGCGUCACUUCUCCAUCAGCAAGGGCAACGUGGUCAACUGUGGCGACUCAAUCAUCUCGCGGAGAUCGCGGAGCAACACCAGCGUCAACUCGACGAACAGCCGGGCCAGCGAACGUUCCCCCUUCGAGGGCAGCUGUUGCGGAGCGGGCUAUGCCAAUGUGGACUCAUUGCCGGCGACGCCGGAUGACUCGGAGAACCUGGAUCCACCUCCGCCCGCCCGCUACCGCGUCGUGAUGCUGGGCGAUGCCGGCGUGGGCAAAACGGCGCUGGUCAAUCAGUUCAUGACGUCGGAGUACAUGCACACCUAUGACGCUAGCCUGGUUUUAGACGACGAGUUCGGCGAGAAGACGGUGAGCGUGCUGCUGGACGAUGAGGAGUCGGACAUGGUCUUCAUUGACCAUCCCAGCGUUGAGAUGAGCGUGGAGAACUCCCUAUCCACAUAUGAGCCACAUGGCUGCGUCGUGGUCUUCUCGGUGGUGGAUCGCAGCUCCUUCCGCGUGGCCGAGGAAAUCAUCAAUUACCUGUGGCAGGAGAACUACACCAAGGACAAGGCUGUCAUCCUGGUGGGCAACAAGGCGGAUCUGGCCCGCGCCCGGCUUAUCACAUCACAGGAGGGCAAAGCCCUGGCCGCCUCACGCGAUGCCAAAUUUAUUGAGACGUCCAGCGGCAUACAGCACAACGUCGAUGAGCUGCUCGUCGGCAUAUUGAAGCAGAUGCGGCUGAAAGAGAAGCGGGAGAAGAAGGCCACCGCCUCGAAGAUGAAGACAUCCCGCACCCACAUAUCGCUGCACUUGGCCAAAGAACUGCUGCAGAAGAUCUGCCUCAGCGACAUCUCCAAGUCGAAGAGCUGCGAGAAUCUGCAUGUGCUAUAAAGAUAUACCCCAGGCGAACCCAAUCACAUGUGCUGAGCCAACCUCGAUGUCUUCGUUUUAUCGCCCGGCAUUCCUGGGCGAAAUUAUGCCACAAAACUGUAUACAAAAGAGAAUUUUAUCAAAAGCGGCUGCGGGGCGAAAUAUUCCAAAUGCCAUUCAGAUGGGACCGCAGAAAACGGGCGGAGGGAUGUGUUCAUCUCCUUUGUUGCGCUCCGUUUAUUAAAAGUUUAAUGCCGGGUCUUGCUUUUCGGCAAGUCAUUGGCUGUGGUCAGGCCUCCAGAUUCGGCGAUAGUCGGCUUGUUUAUGGCGGAUGUUUUGGAUCGGCUUAUCGGAGCCAGACGCUCCUCCAAAUGGGUGACACAGGUCACGAUUGAUAAGCCACGAUCCAAUGAUCCAUUGAUCCAGCGAGGCGUGUGCAACCUCCAAGUGGGCGAGGCCAUAGAACUAUUUAUUUAUAGGUGUACUUUUUAAUGCGUACUUGCAUAUACAUACAUAUAUGUGUUCCAAUGCGAAAAACUUCAAUUCCAAUAAUGCGCUGUCAAUUGAAACGCUUGAGGAGCAGUUCCCAAAGGACGAGAGAAACUUUAUAGAUGUUGAUUUAUGUAUACACAUAGUGGCCAUAAGCAGCAUAUACAUAUACACGUGACCUCUAUCGGAUAAGUAUAUUGUCUAGGCUAGGGUUACUAAACUAAACGCUCCACCUGCUUCGCAAAGAAAUUCUUCCAAUUGACGAAUAUCUCAUAUCGGAAUGACUGUUGAAUGUUGACUGUUGUUAGUCUAAGCCAAACAAAAAAAAAAAAAACGUAAAAACAAAGCGAAACUAAAGAGAAUACCAUUUAAUCAAAGUACUUCACUCAGACGUUACUACGAGUAUAUUGAUGUGUAUCUUAACGUGUACCUAUAUUAUACAUUAUAUAUAUAUAUUUAGAGAUAGAUACAUAUACACAUAUAUUUACGACCGUGCUCGGAUGGAACUUCUAACACUUCUGAACUCAUACGCUUAUAUUUGAAAAAUACCUUUUACAAAAUGCGAAAGGCAAGCAAAAGCAAACGUAUCUCUAACUAUUUUCAUACGCAAACUUACACAUUAAAGGGGGAACGCGAGGAUCCGAACGGGAGUGGGAUUGAAGGCCUGGCCACCGGGCUCGUCCAAAGUCGAGCACUCGACAGCUGUGCACUCAUGUUUGCUCUACCCCUUUCCUUCCGCUUCACAUCCUUCACGUCCGCCUUUCUGUCGAGUGCACUUUAUCAUUUUUAACAUUUAGCAAACAAAACAGAAAGUUGCUCCGGCGAAAGUUUUAAUUUGCAACGCUACGCAACGCAAUGCAAAAAGCCUGGCUGGCUGGCGAAAUUUCGAAUAUUUCGCAGCCGCACUGUGGCAAUCUGCAUCGCGCAUACGCCGCGUGCGCCAGGGUCGGGGCUAAAUUGAUUUGCUAAUCAAAUUGCUGAGGAAUCCACAAUCGAAUCAAAGCCAGCUAUGAACUCCCACCGAAUUUAUUGUGAAAUGCCAUUUGAAAGCGAUGAAAUUGUACCGCUACCACUUAACCAUGACAAUUGGCUUAAAGCGUAGCUAUAUAGAUAUCCAACCAAAAACCUAUAUAUAUUAAUAUAUGUAUAUGUGUAAAGAUCGAUGUAUAUUUAUAUUUUUCCAAACAAAGACAAAGCAAAGCAGCGCUGUACAACUGAAGGGAACCCUCAACGGAGAAUCAUUUUUGUGUUGCAUGGUAUAAUCCACAAUUGUACGCUUUUGCCCGUCACCGAGAUGAGGCUGCAGAAAAGCAAAUUAAUUAGAGUACACGGAGAUAAAAUCCGAUUACUUGUUUGGUGUAUAAAACUUUCCCCCAACCUCCACCUCCGCCUCCCUCUCCAUCCUGUCUCCCCUUCCCCUCGACUCGAUCUCUUCAUUCGAUAAAUAAAGGACAAGGACGCUCUGUAA